UGUAUAAAACCCUAACAUCUCAUGGUCUUGUAACGAACGGCAUAAACCCUAGAUAUUUCCGCCACACCUCUUCCGCCAUUUUUUUUUUAACUGGAAUAAGCUCUAGCUAAAUAUGGGAAGCGAUACCGAAGCAGAGAAGUCGAUUCAAAAGGAGAAGAAGAAGUUCGCAAUUUCUCUUGCUCCUAUCGCUAAACCUCUUGCCGGCAAAAAACUCCAGAAGAGAACAUUCAAACUCAUUCAAAAAGCUGCUGGGAAGAAAUGUUUGAAGAGAGGAGUUAAAGAAGUGGUUAAGAGCAUAAGACGUGGCCAGAAAGGAUUGUGUGUUAUAGCUGGAAACAUAUCGCCCAUUGAUGUGAUUACUCAUCUUCCAAUCUUGUGUGAGGAGGCUGGUGUCCCUUACGUAUACGUUCCAUCCAAAGAAGAUCUCGCGCAGGCCGGGGCAACGAAACGACCAACAUGUUGUGUCUUGGUCAUGCUUAAACCGGCAAAAGGAGACUUAACUGCAGAAGAGCUUGAAAAGUUAAAGACAGACUACGAACAAGUCUCUGACGAUAUUAAGGAGCUAGCAACUUCUGUAAUCUGAUUAGAAACUAGAAUGUGAACUGUUGUGCUUUUGAUGGGUAAUGAAUAUCAUGAGAUUUUACGGCAUCGGAUAUUACUUUGCACAAUUUUAAGUUUUUGAUAUCGUAGCGAUUGUAAAAUUUAAAAUCAUAAGUCUUUAUGUUUUCAUCUGGUUGGUGUUUAGUCUAGAUGGCGUUUAUUUAA